GGCGCUGGGGGCGCUGCGGUGUCUGCUCUGGAGGGCAAAUGGCCGCGGCAAAGUCGGGCGUGCUUUCCCUUGCUGAUGGAGAGCUUAUUUCGUGUGAAGAAGCAUCCCCCCCUCAAAGGAAAACCCCCAUAUGAAUAGCUCUGCCUGUUCAAACUUCCGUGGCGAUGCAGCCCCCUGUCCUCACACUGCAGAUCCGUGUUUCAAGCCAAGGCGGAGAAAAAACAUGCCCCACAACAGCUCUGUGGUGUUGACGUUGUGGGCUUGACAACAACCCUGCGGUGUAGGAAUACUCUCAGUGUAGGUGGGGUGUGAAGCUGGAGCGCAUGGCAGCUACACGACCCUGCAAUAUCAUCGCAGGUUAGAGCUGGCGCUGAGACUGGUUUGGUUUUGCAGACCAAAAUCCCACUCAAUUCAUACUAUGGCUUAUAGCUGUAGCGCUUAUUUAUUAUAUUUUUUAAUUUUAAAAAAAAUCCCGCCUUUCUUCCACCGUGGGGGGUUUCCUGCUGGUCCCAUUUCAUCCAGGUACUGAUCCAGACCCGGAUCUCGGGCAGGAUGGCUUCACAGAUGCCCACUGCUCCUCUCUGGACGAUGCUUCUGCAUUACCUGCUUGGAGCACCAGGUGGCUGGUUCUGGAUGGGGCCUUUCUCAGCUCGGUUGCAUCACUUCCUUUUGGCUUUCUUCUGUGAGAGCGUGGAAGGCGAGGCUGUUUCUUCGUCCCUGUUCCGGCAAGGAGGCUCCUGUGCAGACGCCCCGAAGAGCAUUCUUUGCACGCGUUUAAAAGGGCAGGAGGGAAGCGCCUUGGAGCCGCGAUCCAUCUUUUCUUUUUCUUUUGCAAGGACUACCCCCCUGUCUCUCGCGGAGGCCGUCGGAAGCAUGGGAGUCACCUGUGUUUCCCAGAUGCCAGUGACGGAGGGGAAGAGUGUCCAGCAAACAGUUGAAAUUUUAACAAGAAAGCUUGAGCUACUUGGAGCAGAGAAACAGGGGACCUUUUGUGUAGACUGUGAAACAUACCACACUGCACCCUCCACAAUGGGCAAUCAAGGGCAGGCUGCCAAGCUGAUGUAUGUGAUGCACAAUUCCGAAUAUCCCCUCAGCUGCUUCGCUCUCUUUGAAAAUGGUCCUUGCCUCAUAGCGGAUGCCAACUUUGACGUGCUUAUGGUGAAGCUGAAAGGCUUCUUUCAGAAUGCCAAAGGGAACAAGAUAGAGAGCCGGGGAACCCGGUACCAAUACUGCGAUUUCUUGGUGAAGAUUGGCACUGUUACCAUGGGGCCCAGCGCCCGUGGUAUAUCUGUGGAGGUGGAAUACUGUCCGUGUGUGGUGGCCAACGACUGCUGGAACCUGUUAAUGGAGUUCAUGCAAAGCUUCAUGGGAAGUCACGCUCCCGGAAUCCCUUCUGUGUUUAGCAAUAAGCACGACAGCAUCUACAGCUCGGCUGACACAAUGGUCCAGUACAUGGAACUCUUCAACAAGAUUCGCAAGCAGCAGCAGGUGCCUGUCACAGGAAUCAGAUGAGGAAAGCUUCGUAAGGCCUUCUUUCACGGGAGCAAUCAGUUUGCUGAAUAGUCGGUUGAAAUUGCAGUUCCAUCCCAGUAGUCCAGAUCACAAUUUUUUCCCAUUAAAUCAAUGCAGUCUGUCUCCCUAAGAGAGGUAGAAUUAAUUCUGUCUCAUCUCAAACCUCCAGGGGUAUGCCUCUCUUAUAAUAAUGGCAUACUUUGCCUUAGACUGCUAUCUCAGAGAUCUGCCUCCCGCUCUUGAAGCAAGAUUCCUGCCCCUGAGUGGAAACUGGAGGAAAACAAUCAUCUUGAAGGAGCACAGGUUGAAAUUGCAUAUAAAUAGGAGAAUGGGCUUUGGGGGUCCUUAAUUUCCUUGACUGACUACGAGUGAACAUGAAAUUUCUAUGAGAGUGAAAAUAUGUUAAUAUGGCUUUUAUUAAAAGAACUUUAAUUUUGCAUAUUAAUGUUGUAGAUGUUAUCUGUUUUAUAGAUUUUAUCCUAUAAUUUGUGGGAGAUUUAUAUUUUGGGUUGAAAUGUAAUAUCUCGUUGAAGCAAGCAAGAUAAAUUAUCUGUUGGCCUAUCUGUGUUUAAGUUAUUGACAUCUCACUAUCUUCAAAAAGCAUUUGAGAGGAAUAAAAUGUUUGGGCUUUAGGUUCAUUUCACUGAAGUCUUAGGGCUUAAUUCCUCUGCCUUCUUGACUAAUGUUUUCUACUGGAACAGAUAAAAGCCCUGACAGUGCAAAACUUGUACAGAGCAAGAUUUCAGUCAAAAUCACUAAGGCAUCAUUAUCUUUUGAAGACGAUAUCAAAAAAAUGCACAACAUUUUCACCUUAUUGUAUUUGUUUGUGCUUUGAAACUUGUUAUGUUUUGUUACUUCUACAGUUUUUUGUGUUUACUGCAUUUAAAGCUUCCCAAAUUAAAAAAACAAACAAACACAAAACUAA